UGUUUGUUUACAUGUAGAUUGUAGACAGUGUAAAUGAAAUCUUCACUUAAUCGAUUUAUUUCUCAGUGAGAUACAUUAAAAUAAAAGAUAAUCAAUUUAUGUGAUGAUUUUACAUCAAAAGAUAUGAAAUUUUAUAUAAUUUUUGAAAAAUGUCCCAAACGUUAAAAAAACUGAAUGAAAACUCAAACAUAAUGAUUAUUUUUGACAUUUGUCAAACUCACCAAUUCGAUCAUAACCUCCAAAAUAGCCCAACACAGAAUCACAAAUGUGUCACAGAUUUAUCAGAACGUACCAUUUAACGUUAACAUAAAAUGUUUCGCAUUCUUUCCAAACAUGUAAGGUAUCAUCCGGUUUCGAUAUUAAAAAAUGCAUAUACCACCGAAGCUUAUCAUUUUCCAAAAGAAAUAAAUUCCCUGAAAGUGAUGGGCACCAUUCAAGGUGACGUGGAGCGACGGACGAACGGUGCUAUGGAACUCUUUUUAAAAACAUUAAUUAGUUCAGAAAGAUAUUGUAUUCACCGUGUGAUUAUAGCAAAUCCCACACUUUCAAACAUGUGGAGAGAUCAAUUGGAAGACAAUCAACGCAUUUAUGUCAAUGGAAAACUUCAGACGGAGAAUGUAUACAUUGAAGAUAAACGAUAUCAGAAUGUUUCGAUACUGGCUACUUCAUUGAACCGGUUGGACAAGCAUGAUCUGGUGAGCGAUAUUAUACCUGAAGAUCAAAUGCAUCGAUUCGAUCAAAACAGCAUUGAAAUGUUGGCAUUCAUCGGUGCUGAGGUGCAAAACUUUGUGACAUGCAGUGGAUUCAGCAUAAGGACCCAUUUUAGUUCACAAAAAGGAAAACCAAACGAAUUAACAUUGAGUGAUUAUCACAAGGUAAUAGUUCCGAACGACUCGCAUAUGCUUCAAACAUCACGAAACUUACGUAAGGGUGAUAGAGUUUAUCUGAAGGGACACAUUGAUUACUCAACGACGCCUCAUCCUGAUGGCAAAGAUUAUGUGUCAGGCCAUAUAAUUCCAAAGCAACUAGUAAAAUUAACAAAAUUCAAUACAUAAAAUAAAAAGAAAUUUAAUAAUUGGAAUUCGAUGUAGAAAUAAAAAAAAAUC